GGUCUAAGCAGCACCCUGAAGAACAGAGCACACCCAGGCCACACAGGCUGUAUCACAGAGCCGCACAGCACGCACAGGAAACAUGGUCAGCCGCUUCGAACAUCCAGCUGGAGAUUAUAAGAAGAUCUUUGAGACUGCGGAGGAGCUCAGUGAUCCGCUUCCAGCGACGGUCACGGGUCGAAUCCCAUCAUUUAUAAGAGGGAGCCUGCUUCGGUUGGGUCCAGGCUUGUUCGAGAUCGGCUCGGAACCCUUCUACCAUCUCUUCGAUGGCCAAGCCAUGAUGCACAAGUUUGAUUUCAGCCACGGUCAAGUCACUUAUUUCCGCAAGUUCAUUAAAACAGACGCCUACGUCCGUGCCAUAACUGAGAACCGUGUCGUGAUCACUGAGUUUGGAACAUGUGCUUAUCCAGACCCCUGCAAGAACAUCUUCUCCAGGUUUUUCUCGUACUUUAAGGGUGUGGAGGUGACAGAUAACUGUCUGGUGAACGUUUACCCCAUUGGCGAAGAUUUCUACGCCGUCACAGAGACAAACUACAUCACUAAAGUCAACCCAGACACUUUGGAGACUCUGAAAAAGGUGGACAUGUGCAAUUACGUCAACAUAAACGGGAUAACGGCCCACCCGCAGAUCGAGAGAGACGGCACUGUGUACAACAUCGGAAACUGCAUGGGCAAAGGAGCCUCGCUGGCUUAUAACAUUGUCAAAAUCCCACCCAAGCAGAAAGACAAAUCAGACCCGAUAGAGAAAUCCAAAGUGGUGGUGCAAUUUCCCAGUGCUGAGAGGUUUAAACCGUCCUACGUCCACAGCUUUGGGAUGACGGAGAACUACUUUGUGUUCGUGGAGACGCCCGUCAAAAUCAACCUGCUCAAGUUCCUGGGUGCUUGGGCCAUUCGCGGAUCCAACUACAUGGACUGCUUUGAAUCCGACGAGCAGAAAGGAACUUGGAUUCAUAUAGCCAGGAAGGAUCCAGGAGAGUACAUCGACUACAAAUUCAGGACUUCAGCCAUGGGACUGUUCCACCACAUUAACUCUUACGAAGACUCAGGAUUUAUAGUUUUUGACUUGUGCACCUGGAAAGGAUUUGAGUUUGUGUACAACUACCUGUGGCUGGCGAACCUGCGUCAGAACUGGGACGAAGUAAAGAAGCACGCCAUGAUCGCACCUCAGCCAGAAGUGCGGCGGUUUGUGGUCCCACUGGAUCCCUACAGGGAGGAGCAGGGGAAGAACCUGAUCUCUCUGCCAUACACUACAGCCACAGCGACCAUGCAUGAGGACGGAACCAUCUGGCUGGAGCCUGAGGUUCUUUUCUCCAGCCCUCGCCAAGCCUUCGAGUUCCCUCAGAUCAACUACAAAAUGAACAACGGGAGGAACUACACGUACGCCUACGCCCUCGGACUAAACCACUUCAUCCCUGACAGGAUUUGCAAGCUGAACGUAAAGACUAAGGAGACAUGGGUGUGGCAGGAGCCAGACUCGUAUCCAUCUGAACCGCUGUACGUACAGAACCCUGAUGGAGUCGAUGAGGACGACGGCGUCCUGCUGACCAUCGUGGUGUGUCCCGGAGCACAGAGACCGACGUACUGCCUCAUCCUGAACGCUAAGGACCUCUCGGAGAUCGCCCGGGCCGAGGUCGACGUCAUGUCUCCAGUCACCUUCCACGGCAUGUACAAGCCGUAAAACGUCUACUCCGGAUCUUUCCACGUCAUCUCCAUAAACGCACGUGUUUGUGACGUUUCAGAUCAGUGUUUUUUUCAUCCUGCGCUUGUGCCAAAAAGGUUAAAUAUAAAUAUGUGGUGUGGCUAUAAGACAAUGAUAAUGUUUACAUAUUAAAAAUUCCAAGUGGUAAUUAAUUGAUCUCCUCAUUAAUUCCCGCUGAUUAGUACUGGAUGCUGUACAGGAUGUGCGCUGUAUUAGACAGUGUGUAUUGUAUCGCUGAGACUGAAUAAAGCUAAUCAAAGAGAAGUGUUGUCCAGGUUGGGUUUUGCAGUCAGGACAUGUCUGGUGUUUGCUCCAAUGGUUAACGAAGAUAAGCGAGGAAAGUUAAAGCCUCGUGCCUAGAUUAGAAACAGUUAUAUCAAACUC